CUUCAGAUAGUAACUUAUAACAUAAUUUUUCUGCGAGAUUUGCUAUGUCGCGUUUUAGGCAAAUAGGUCGUAUUGCUGCACUUGGGUUAGCAUCAGUAUCUGGCGCAGUGUUUGUUUGUAGUAAUAUGCGAAAUACUGUACUUGCAAAGCCAGUUGACUAUUUUGAAAAUGACAGAGAUUUCAGGACUCGACUUGCUAUGAUGUUUCGACCAAGUUUUUCACAAUGGGAUGACAAUUGGGAUAUGUGUGAAACAACAUCAAGAUCGAAGAAGAAAUCUAAGUUAACUGAAGACAACGUAGACAAUGAACCAGACAUCAAACCAACAGCGAAACGACAUUUGGUCUUCAUUCGCCAUGCGCAGUACAAAGACAACGAAGAACUUGAUGAGAAACGAAUACUUACUGAACUUGGAAGAAUUCAAGCAGAUAUCACUGGGCAAAGAUUGAAGGACCUCAAUAAACCCUUCACAAAGAUAAUAGUAUCAGAUCUUGUCCGUGCAAAAGAGACAGCAGAGAUAAUAUUCAAGCACCUGCCUGAUGUACCAAGGGAAAGCUGCUCAUUAUUGAGAGAAGGAGCACCUAUACCUCCUGAACCACCAUCAUCAAACUGGAGGCCAGAACAAAAGAAGUUUUUUCAAGAUAGUGCCCGUAUAGAAGCAGCUUUCAGAAAACAUGUUCACAGAGCUGACACUAUGCAGAGUGGAGACACUAUUGAAAUCUAUAUCUGCCAUGCCAAUGUGAUACGCUAUUUUAUCUGCAGGGCACUGCAAUUUCCUCCUGAAGGUUGGCUUAGGAUGAGCAUUGGUCACUGUGGUAUUACUACAAUGACUAUCAGACCCAAUGGCAGAAUAUCACUUAGAAGUAUGGGGGAUACAGGCCAUCUUCCACCAGAAAAAAUCACUUUCUAGAAUCUGAAAUUCAUUGAACUUAUUUAUCAAGGUCUGCAAACAAUCCAAGCAUGUACAUUUGUGUAUUUCUAGUGUUUGUAUAAAUGUACAAUGCUGGAUAUGAUACACUGGAUAUACUUGUAUUUAUAACCUACUGUAUUCUUGGGAAGCAUUCUUAGUGUGCUACUCCUUAUUGUAAUAAAAAAACCCUACUGUAUUUAACCUAGAAUAAAAGUUGACAAUUUCCUAAACCA